AUGGCGAAAACUACGAUAAGUUUAGUUUUUUGUCUAUUAGGUUUGAUACUUUUAGGUUUAGCUCCGAGCGGAAAGUGCGAUUGCUUAGCAGCUCCGGUAGAAGCACUAACGCCGUGUGGGGCCUACAUAGCAGGAUCGGAUAACAAGCCGACACGUGGAUGCUGUACGGGUGCUGCAGCUUGGGAUCAUUAUUGGGACGAGAGUAUGUGCAGAUGCUACCAAAAUUCACCGGGCAGGCUACAGUUCAAACUCAACCGAGAUAAAAUGCUAUCUCUUCAAACUGAAUGCGGGCUUUCUCCUCGCUUUACCGCUAUCGUUCGUUGUCUGUUCGGGCCCUAG